GCAAGAUGCCGCAUCGGAAGCCGUCGGGUUACACGACAGCGGCUACCCACCGACGCCCAAAGCCGCCGACGGAAUAUUGAAACAUGCCACCAUACUCAACAAACCCGAACCCUGGAAUCGAAACCGACCAUCCACCAUCCCUAGGUAGCCAUGACCACCAUGAUGCGAUGAUGGUGGCGACCCUUUGUUAUCUGACGAAUCAGACCGGAAACGGACACUUUUCGGGACGAAGAUGAGCGAGUGCCUCGAUCCGUCGCCGUCUUCACCUUCACCCUCCUCCUAUGAUGCUGUGUGAUAAUGCCAACCCCAGUUCCGUCAUGCACCCGUCUAGUUGGACGGCUCUCGGUCUUUGUUGAGACCGGCCACUUCCGCUGCCUUCAUUGUCCCGGGUCUCUAAGGAGAUGGAGGUCGGCGACGUCAAACCAGCUCGCCGGAGGUCAUGCAAAACUGCAGUCAUGGCGCCACGAAAAUGGCUUCAGUCUGCAAACAUAUCUGCCCCUUGAUUCUCGACCACCGGGCAUUCACAAAGCCAGAAUCACAUCCAAUACGUUGUAUAUGCACUCCACAUCACAUAUACAAGUGACAUCCAAUCCCGUUCAGAACAGACCUCCCGUGCAGCCGCUCGUACCCCCAACCAUCACCAUGGAACCCAUCGUCCAUACCGUCUUUGAGUCGCAAACCUCGACCUGGCAGUACAUCGUAGCCGACCCUUCCACCAAGACCGCCGUUAUCAUCGACCCCGUUCUCGAUUUUGACCCGGCCCGCAACGCCAUCUCCACCAAGUCCGCCGAUGCCCUGCUCGCCUUGGCCAAGGAGGAGGGAUACAUCGUCGAUUACCUCCUCGAGACACAUGCCCACGCCGACCAUCUGACAGCGGCAAAGUACCUCCAGAGCCGGCUUUCCAAAGAAGGGAAGAAGCCCGACAUUGGUAUAGGGAAGCGGAUCGCCGGGGUUCAGGAGCGGUUUGCGAAGCGAUAUGGUAUCGCGAGGGAGGAGUACGAGGGGGCCUUUGACAAGUUGCUAGAGGAUGAUGAGAUUUUCCACGUCGGAGAACUGGAAGCCAAAGCCGUGCACCUGCCUGGGCACACGCCGGAUCAUAUGGGGUAUUUGAUUGGGAAAAACAUCUUUUGCGGUGACUCAAUUUUCAACUCGGACGUCGGCUCCGCUCGCUGCGACUUCCCCGGAGGCGACGCCAACGACCUCUACCAAACAGCCACCAAACUCUUCACCCUCCCUCCGGCCUUUAAAAUCUACACCGGCCACGACUACCCCCCCAAAACACCGCGCACCGCCCCGCAAGCCUCUUCAACCGUGGCCGAGCAAAUGACGCAAAACAAGCACCUCAAGUCAGGCACAUCCGAGGCCGACUUCGUAAGCUGGCGGACCGAACGGGACGCGGGGCUGGCCGAGCCCAGACUGAUGCACCAGGCCCUGCAGGUGAACAUCCGCGCGGGGAAGCUGCCGGGCGAUGGACUGUUGCAUGUGCCUGUCAAGGUGGAGGGGUGGUGACUCAGGGUAAUCAAGUUGUAAGACACCACCACCAGCCAGCACACCAGCACACCAGCCACCAUCAGCAGUGGCGAUGUGUGUGUGUGUGUGUGUGUGUCUGUGUGUGUGAUGGUUCCACGGGCGUGGAGUUAGUUUACCACACAUCUUUACCCAAAUUCCCAAUAU